CCUCCCCCUCCCCCCCUGCCCUCCCCUCCCUCGGCGGGGCCGCCAUGUUGGAUGGCGCGUGUGGGCGGCGGGUGUCGAAGGCGGCGGCGGCGGCCGCCGGAGCCCGGAGCCCAGCAACGCCCGCCGGCAGCAGGUCCAGCUCCCCAGUCCCUUUCGUACCUCUGAGGCGGAGAGGAAAUGACUUUAUCGGACGUGGCUGCUCCCAGUUGGGUGUCCUUGCUCUGCCUUCCUGCCCGAGGGACCCCCGGAGGGGGAGACGCUGCGGCGGCCCAUCCCUGAGGACUUUCGGGAGGAAUCUGCCUUGACGGAGAUAAAAAUGACAACCUCGUCGAUCAGGCGGCAAGUGAAGAACAUUGUGAACAAUUAUUCGGAGGCCGAGAUCAAAGUCCGGGAAGCCACCUCCAAUGACCCCUGGGGUCCCUCCAGCUCCCUCAUGACCGAAAUAGCGGACCUGACCUACAACGUGGUGGCCUUCUCCGAAAUCAUGAGCAUGAUCUGGAAGCGGCUGAACGACCACGGCAAGAACUGGAGGCACGUUUACAAGGCCUUGACCCUCCUGGAUUACCUGAUCAAAACCGGGUCGGAGCGGGUGGCCCAGCAGUGCAAGGAGAACAUUUUCGCCAUCCAGACCUUGAAAGAUUUCCAGUACAUCGACCGGGACGGGAAGGACCAGGGCAUCAACGUGCGCGAGAAGUCCAAGCAGCUGGUCUCCCUCCUGAAGGACGACGAGAGGCUCAAGGCGGAGAGGGCCCAGGCCUUAAAGACCAAAGAACGCAUGGCUCAGGUGGCCACCGGAGUGGGCAGCAACCAGAUCUCCUUCGGCAGAGGCUCCAGCCAGCCCAAUCUCUCCACCAGCUACUCCGAGCAGGAGUACGGCAAAUCCGGAGGCUCCCCGGCUUCCUACCAUGGGUCUACAUCACCGCGAGUGUCUUCAGAACUGGAGCAGGCCCGGCCUCAGACCAGCGGGGAAGAGGAGCUCCAGCUGCAGCUGGCUUUGGCCAUGAGCAGAGAAGUGGCAGAACAGGAAGAGCGCCUGCGCCGGGGCGACGAUUUGAGGUUACAGAUGGCGUUGGAAGAAAGUCGCAGAGAUACCGUCAAAUUUCCCAAAAAGAAGGAGCACGCAGCUCUGCUGGAUCUCAUGGACGCGUUGCCUUCUUCCGCCACCCCUGCCCCCAAAGGAGGAGAGUCUUGGAAGCCCCCAGCUGCAGCCAAGAAAGCAGAUCCUUGGGGGGCCCCUCCUCCCAGCACCGCCACCUCCGAUCCUUGGCAAUCGUUCGGUGCCAAGCCAGCCGCCUCCCUUGAUCCGUGGGGAGCCCCUGCGACCUCCUCCUCCUCCUCCUCGGCUGCUCAGCCUCUCCCAAAGAGGGCCGAUCCUUGGGCUCCUUCCAAACCAUCGUCCGUGGCAACGAAGACAGCUGGGGACCCCUGGGGACCAGCACCGGUAAACAAGCCAAUCUCUGCUUCUGGUAGCAAAUCUUUCGACCUCUUCAGCAAUUUGAACGGGAUGAUUAAAGAUGACUUUUCUGAAUUCGACACCCUUCGAACGUCUAACAAGCAAGGUUCUGCUUUCUCGGCCCAAAACAGCGGGACCACCAGCCCUGACCUCUCAGAAUGCCAGCCGGCCAGCUUCUCCGCCAGUAAGCAGAGCGCCGCUCGGAGAACCCCCGAGUCUUUCUUGGGCUCCAAUGCUGCUUUGGUGAAUCUGGACUCCUUGGUAUCCAAGCCCCCGCAGCCAGCACCACCCACCCUCAACCCUUUCCUGGCUGCCGGGUCCUCGUCAUCUUCAUCGGCUUCUCCUUCUCCAGCCACGGUCAACCCCUUCCAAGUGAAUCAGCCGCAGCCCCUCACUCUCAAUCAGAUGCGGGCCAGCCCCAUCCUCGGGGGCAGCCUGUCCUUCAACGCGGGGCCGGAACCGGGGGCCCUUCCGUCUGUAGCUCCCGUGGCCCUGGCCCCCUUGCCAGCCGCGGGCCCCGUGGCCUCCCUAACCAGGAUGGGCCCGGGAGUGAGCGUGGGCGUCAUGGGGCCCGUGGCGCAGCCUCUCCACCACCCGGGGAUGCCCCCCUCGGUCUCUCAGCCGGCCAAUGGCUCUAACCCCUUCCUCCUCUGAAGGAAGCCUGGAGCGUGAAGCCUCCCUGGGAAAGGCAGGCAGGACAUCGGAGGUGGCUUGGGCUGAACCGCGAGCACCGGAGACCCCGGGGGGGUGGGGGGGCUGGCUGGCGGGCUGCUGUCGCCUUCUGUGGGAGCUCCGGGUGCCCUCGGCCGAGACCUGCCCUUUUCCUUCGGGGUCUCAGCAGCCUUGCAGAAACGUUUCAAUGUCUGUCACCAAAGUCAGGUUCUGCUCCCUCCCCUCCUUCCUCCUUUUCGUUGAUCAUUUCAAGGUGAUAGGAAGACUUUGCCAUCUGAAAGAGCCCCCACCCCUCUCCCCUCCAUGUGGUUUUGUAGACCCUAAGCCGCCCCUCGGAAGUGCCAGCCAGAUCCCGUGCUUGUAAAAAACACAUUUGAGACUCAAGAUGAGUGCUAGUGAAUGUGUUUGCACAUAAACCACCUUCUCUUCUAGACUGUUUGGUUCACCCAUAGUCCUUACCGGUCUUGGCCAAAGUGGUAUCUGGCCUUUAUGUUCUGUAUAUCCUUGCACACUAAAAUGUCGAGCAGAACUGUGCCUCCCCGCCCCCCCAACCCCCCCAGGCAGGCGGGGAGGGCCGGCCGCGCACGUCCACAGGAGGAGAAGUGAAGCAAGCUCUGUGAAAGUCCCGCAAAGUUUUUUUGUGAAACCCCGCAAGUGUGCUGUUUUUGUAUGCAGUGUUGAAUUUCUACACCUGGACACGGACUGCCCACGACUUCCGUCUGAAUGGCUGGCAGGCUGCCCUGGAGUUCAGGGCUGGCUUUUGGCUCUGGGCUUCCGGAGGGUGCGUUCGUUUGGAAAUUAGUGUUGUUUUAAUUUGACUUGCGACGCAAGGCUUCAAAAAAAAGGGGGGGGCAUAGGGUGGGGAAUACCAAGGUAAUUCUGGGGCGACUUGGGAACUGAUUUGGGGGGGUGACCUUUUGUUAUUAUGCAGUAAUCCUUGUAUACUUUUGCACUUUUAAGGAUAGGGCCGUUUUGGAUUUGAGUUCGCCAGGUGAGCGUUCUGUUUUCACUCUUGCUAAUUUUUAUAAUGUUCUUAUUUAACAGUCGAUAGUUUUGAUAGAUUUAUCAGGUUUAGUGGAAAAAUUAAGUCUUUCUUUUCCAAUUCUCUCUUUUUUUUUGAUUUAAUGUUUCUUAUUUAUAUAUAAAUAUUUUCAGCUCUUGGUUUUCACAAAGAGAAUUUUAAGGGAAUAUCGACAAACCUCCUGCUUUUGAACAAAGUCCUUUGUAUUGGGAAAAAAAAACAGCGGAAUAGCUCCUGUAAGGUGAAUUUUGAGAGGAAUAUGGCUGAGGUGACAUUGAAAAAGGAAAACACUACAGUUGCCUUUCAGUUUCCCCCUUUUAUGACUUACAACUCUCCACUUUGUGUAAAAAAAAAAGCAACUCCUGAAGCCUUUGAGAGGUUGAAGAUCAUGGUAAAUAAAUGACUUCUCUCUUGUAAUACUUUCAGAACUUAAAAAAAAAAAACAUUGCUGUAUGAAUGUUACUUUUAAUUAACUAAACUCUUCUAACUAAAGAAUGCACUUCAUGGUG